AUACGAAUUGUUGUUUUUGGUGUUUUAGAAUUGGCACAAAGCUGACAUAAACAAAUUGUUAUUUACGUUGAAUUGCAUAUUUCGCGAACAGUAUAUUUCCAAACACAGCCAUGGAUCCAACAAUUUCUGUCUCAAAGGGCUGUUUUGUUUAUAAAAACGGAGCAACUCGAGCAGCUAAAUCCAAGACAACACCCAACAAAAGUAAACGCAAGCGUAGCUUGGGCAACUCCAGUCUCUUAGGGCCGGAGAUCACGUCACAACCUUUUUAUACGGCCUACGGCGAGAUUUGGCAACAGCUCCAUGACCACAUUCUGCAGUUACAGCAAGAGAGCUAUUCCCGGACUCUGGAUCAGUUGGUGCAAUAUCUGGAGACCGAAUGUGGCUCUCAAGUGGAGGAUAGUGAGAUUCUGCCGACCGCCGCCUUACUGACUGGCAUCAAUCAAACAGAUCACCUCAAGCAAUUCGAGGCUCUGACUCAGCGUCUUCAGAGUAGAGCAAAAGUUUGUGUACUCCAAUCGAGGGAUUGCUCCACUCUCAAGGGAGCCAUAGAGUCAAUGGUGUUUAAUCUCAUUGAAGGACAAUUAGAGCAGGACUCUGAGGAAUUAGAGCAGGAAAUAGAGGAUCGCGAUCAUAAGCGAUUGCGACGUUCCCAAUGCACCAUGAAACAAUUGAACUCUUGGUAUUCCAACAAUUUUCAAUUGGAACAACGCAAACGACAGUUGGUCAUCAUUUUACCAGACUUUGAAUGCUUCAGUAGUCAUGUUUUGCAGGAUUUCAUACUUAUCCUGAGUUCCCACUGCACUGCAUUGCCAUUUGUCCUUGUUUUGGGUGUAGCCACUGCUAUGACGGCGGUGCAUAGUACAUUACCCUAUCAGGUGACCAGUAAAAUACGGCUAAGAGUCUUCCAGACCCAAGCUGCUCCUACGGGCUUAAAUGAGGUCUUGGACAAAGUGCUGCUCUCUCCGAAAUAUGCUUUUCAUCUCUCUGGCAAGGCUUUCAAGUUUCUUACCCAUAUUUUCCUCUACUACGAUUUCUCUAUUCAAGGUUUCAUCCAGAGUUUUAAAUAUUGCCUAAUGGAACAUUAUUUUGCCGGCAAUGCAUUUUCCCUCUGCACUGGCUAUUCACAGGCUUUGGCCAAGAUUAAACUGUUGAUAUCGGACGAUAUGGAAACUAUAAGACGUCUGCCAUCUUUUCGUCCAUAUGUGGAGCAGAUUAAUGAUUGCAAGCGAAUCAUUGCCAUUCUCACAGACGAUGAUUAUCUGAAGAAAAAAUUGCCACAAUUACUGCGUGAUUGUUUGCUACAUUUUCUAAAUUUUCGCUGUGCUCUGGAGUUUGUUACCGAACUGGUUGGCGACUUGCCACGUUGUCCACUGGGCAAACUGAAACGAGAACUAUAUGUUCUCAGUUUGAACAAGAAGAUAACUUCAUUGCCGGAAUUCAAAGAAUGCUGGCAAAUGCUUAGUUUCCUAUCCAAAGAUGAAUUUGUUGCCAAAUUAAUGAAAUGUGUUACCAAAACGGAGGAAUUUAUGCAACAGGAGAUUGCUCCCUUGGAGCUGGGAGAAGCCUGUUUGGCUGCGAUGCGUCCACAAAUUCAAGAGGUCAGACAAUUACUCGACGAUGUGGUGUUGUCCACAAUGGAAGCGCAUCAUCCCCCACCACCAACAGUGGAAAGUCAUACAGAAUCUCGGCCAAUUACCUCACGUCAGGAGCUGAAAGCUCAAUUGCUGCAGCGUAGUAAACAGGAUCAUCAGCCCAUCACGGAAUUUGCACGUUCCCUGCAGCGUAUAUUACAGCACAUUGAAAACCAAAUUGUCCUGCCACAUUUGCGUCCCCUUCAAGAGGCUCCUCCACUCCAUGAACUCUUUGUCUUUUCGGACAUUGCCACAGUGCGUCGAAAUAUAAUUGGUGCACCACGAGCUGCCCUCCACACGGCACUCAAUAAUCCCCAUUUUUAUAUGCAAUGCAAAUGCUGUGAACUUCAGGAAUCUCAACAAUUGAUGGGAACUUUACCAGAUCUCUCUGUGGUCUAUAAAUUGCAUUUAGAAUGCGGACGAAUGAUUAAUUUAUUCGAUUGGCUGCAGGCAUUCCGUUCUGUGGUACGUGCCAAUGAUGAUGGCCAGGAUGUGGAUCAAAAUGUAGACCAGGAGCAAAUCGAUCCGCAAAUACAGGCACGCUUUACACGAGCAGUAGCGGAAUUGCAGUUUCUGGGCUACAUAAAGAUGUCCAAGCGUAAAACAGAUCAUGCCACACGUUUGACAUGGUAAACUAUAAAUAUGUAUCUCUCCUGUUUUGCUAUUUAUUUAUUUUUUCUGAAUAUGUAUUAAAAAUAAGCACAAAAGUUUCGAUAAGUAAAAGCGAGUAUAGUAAAAUAUCAACAAAAUGCUAUAAA